AGUGUGUCUUAAGUUGAGCUUUAAAAAUGCCAAAGGUCUGAGCUUCCUUGAGUUCAGAAGGAAGAGAGUUCCAAAGGGAAGGAGCAUAGACAGAAAAAGCCCUGUCACCCAUAGACACACAUAGGCAGCAGAGUUUUGUACAUAUUGCAAUUUGUUGAUUGUGGAUUUAGAAACUCAAAUGGCGUUACAGUAAUCCAACCGAGUGACAACAAAUGAGUUUAUCAGCUUUUCAGCCACAGAGAAGUUCAGCAUAGGGUGCAGUCUAGCUAUAUUUCUGAGGUGAAAAAAGGGUGUUUUAACAGUGCUCUGAAAAAAGAAUCAAAUGUAAAGCUGGUAUUGGAAACACCGAUACCACCAAUAUCUCUGCCAUCGCAGAGGCGAAGUUCCUGGAACUUCUUAAAAGAAAUCGCUCUACGUAAUACUUCUCUCAAUGUAAUACACGCAUUUCUUAUACAAUUGACUCCCUUCCAUAUAGACAACAAUACACAAUGACUUCAUAAAAUUCUAAUUCUAAAUUCUUGACUCCCUUCCAUACAGACAGCAAUACACAAUGACUUCAUAAAAUUCUAAUUCAAAUUCUAAUUCUAAAUCAUUGACUCCCUGCCGUAUAGACAGGAAUACACAAUGACUUAUAAAAUUCUAAUUCUAAAUCAUUGACUCCCUUCCAUAUAGACAGCAAUACACAAUGACUUCAUAAAAUUCUAAUUCUAAAUUCUUGAUGAUUCCUACCAGUCAGUGGUAAGGCUACAUUGGUCUUUCGCUCUGCUCAACAAAGGGCAAACUGCCUGCGUGUCAACACGGACUGCAGGGUGAAACUUUUCCACGACCGUCCUCCGGUUUGCUUGUUGUCCAGAAAAGCUGAAAAGACUCACGCAGCCCAGCCAGGAGACGCCAAAUUGUCGUGGAAAUUACACAACACUCGCAGACUCAUCCUCUGAAGAGAUGGCCUCCAAUUCAUCCAUUAUCCCACUGCUUCUUCCAGAAGAUGAGCUAUUGUGCGCUAUCUGCCAGAUGCUCCUGAAGAAUCCUGUGACUAUACCAUGUGGGCACAACUUUUGCAUGACCUGCAUCAGCAAACACUGGAAAUUUGCCUGUUCAUCCAUUUUCUGCCCCUACUGCCACAGAAAGUUCCCCUCAAAGCCGGUCCUAAAGACCAACACUGUUCUCUGUGCAAUCAUGGAGUAUGUUGGGAAGGUGUUUCCAACGUCUGAGAUUGUCUUGGUUCCAGAUGAAAAACCUAUGUGUAACAUCUGUGAGGAGGGAAGGGAGCUAUCAGCAGUCAAGACCUGUGUGACAUGCCUGGCUAGCUUUUGCAGUGUGCACGCCACACCCCAUAUGACUAGCAAAGCGCUAGCCAAACACUGCCUGUGCACACCGGUUUCAGACAUCAAGGAUCUGCUGUGUAAGAAGCACAGCAAAGUGCUUGAGGUGUUCUGCAUGAACCAUGGGGCUGCCAUCUGUUGGCAGUGUACAGAAAAGCACCGCAAGUGCAACAUGCGCUCAGUGGAAGAAAUGAGGACAGACUGGAAGGCUGCAAUCGAGCCAGUGGCAACAGAAGCUCAGGACAGAAAGAAGGCCACUAGUGAACUCUUGGAAGCUCUGAAUACUAUGUCAGAGGGUAUAAAGAAUGCUGCAGUAAAGAUGACUGAAGAUAUGCAGCUCUGCUUUGAAGCACUGAUGAACACCAUUAACCAUGCCCAGAACAGAGCCAUAUCCUUUAUAGAAGCCGAGAAGAUGGAGGCUCUCCAAAAAACAGAAAAGCAGAAGGAACGGUUGGAUGAUCAUUUGCUUUCCAUAUCACUGCUCAUGGAUAAGAUUGAUGAGUGCAUAAACAAUGAUUCGUACUUCAACUUUCUUCUGCCUCUACCACUACUGCCUGCAGAGGUUGGUCAACUGCAGGAUGUUCAACUGGAUGGUCAAGCUGUGGAGAGGAUGAUAUUAGAUAUUCAACAACUUAACAGUAGUCUGGAAUCUCAGCUCAGCACCAUGCUGCAGAGAAGAGAGGAAAUAUGAGAGAAAGGCAAGGCAACUGUAGGGUCCUGAACAAUUAAUCUAGUUCAAGCAUGCAGCUAGCUGGCCAGGACCAGAAUGUACAAUUGAAAGAUUUGGAAAAAAGCUUUCUCUGUUAUUCCACUAGGGGGCAAAAUAGGCCAAUAACCUAUGGGACAUACACUCUGCUACUGACAGAAUAUGCUAAUGUUAUGUAAUUCUUUAGCUAAAUAAAAAAAUAUAUGCUUUUACAAAAAAA